AGACAUCUUACUUGCUGACGCCGAUGAUAUGUAGUUUUUGGCGGCAAACUAUUGCAGUACAUAACGGCAAAAAUCAUGCGGCUCCCCGAGCGACUAGAUUGGAUUAUGGUGUCUCUUAUGCUGACAGUUUAUUGGAACCUUGUAGAGUUGACGGAUGCCGAAAAUAAAAAGGUGAACUACGGUGAAAUGAUUCAAUAUCGCGACGGUGACAUACUGAUUGCAGUUGCAAUUCCUGUAAGCAAGAGUAAUGCAGAGGGAAGAUGUAUUAAUUCACUUUAUCAAAUCGGGAUACAAUUGGUCGAGCAAGUGAAUAUGAUUAUAGAAAAGGUAAAUUCCAAAGAUGAUAUUCUACCUGGAGUAAAACUUGGGACAAUUAUGAUUAACUCAUGUAACUCGGAUUCUCAUGCACUUAAAGUGAUUGUGUUGGACGUUCUAAGAAAAUAUUUGAUAUCUGAAACAUGUUCCUACAACUGUUCAAAAGAGUACGAAAGCAGAAUUUUAGCAGGUGUUGUGGGAGGGGCAAGGAGCUCGGUAUCUAUGCAAUUAGCUCGUAUUUUACAAGUCUUCUCUAUUCCCCAGGCUAGCUAUUGGUCUACGAGUCCUGAUUUGAGUGACAAAAAAAUAUUUGAAUAUUUCUUCAGAACUGUUCCCCCUGAUAUACAUCAGACUCUCGCUAUCACAGAAUUUAUCACACAAAUGAAAUGGAAUUAUAUUUCAAUUGUCUAUGACGAUGAUCAGUACGGAGUUCGAGGAUAUUCAGAACUUCUUCGCCAUUUGAAGAAUGUAAAUGUCUGCAUCGCUACUGCAAUUCCUCUUGAUCGUACCAGAGAAUAUUCAGAUUUGAAUUUUGUUGUUGAAGAACUAAUGGAAAAAGACAAUGCGAGAGUUGUAAUUCUCUUUGUGACACGGCCCUACGUUGAGAUGAUAAUGCAAGCAGCGUAUGUUGUUCCUGGAGCUCUGGGAAAGUUUUCUUGGAUAGGAUCAGAUAGAUGGAGUGGAUUGCUUCCCAUUGAUCACACGGACGACUCAUAUAUAGAAAGCUUAGAAGGGGCGGCAGGAUUCAAGCCGAAAUUUUCAUUCACCAAAGGACUUGAGGAACACAUGCAAAGCCUGACAUUAGAAACGUACACAGGAAAUAGAUCGAAUUUAAACCCUUGGUGGCCAGAAUACGUUAGCCAUCAGAAGAACUGCUCUCUUGAAAGCGGCACAACCCACGGUAAACGUCCUUGUAACAAAGAUGAAGGUAUACCUGACUUCGUUACGAUAAAUACGGCAAUCGGUGACGCAACAUAUGCAUUUAUAAACUCACUCGACCAAUAUCACAAAGAUAUCUGCAAUAACAAGCCAGGAAUGUGUGAAGAAUUAAAGCAAAAAGCAGGAACAAAUAAAGUUGCAUCUGAUAUUUAUCGCUACAUGAGAAAUAUUUCAUUUUUAACUGACGAAGGAAGAGUCUUUAGGUUUGAUGAAAAUCAGGAUGCAAAACCAAUUUAUGAUAUUUUAUAUUUUGAUAAAAAUGUUGAUUCGACAUCACUGGUCAAGAGAUGGAGAAAUGUCGGAAUAUACAACGAAGACGGAAUCGAUUGGACGAUAAAUUUACAAUCCAUAUUGAAUUCCACACACUCAACUUGCAGUCAACCAUGUAAACAAGGACAAGCGAAAAUAGCAGAAGAAAAGAUUUGCUGUUGGUUUUGUCAAACUUGCAACCAAAGAGAAUUUGUUUCAAACGGAAGUCAAUGCGUUGAAUGUCCGCGAGAUGAAAUGCCAAACAGGACAAAAAAUGGAUGUGAACCUAUACCAAUUCGAAAAAUGGAAUUCAGAGAUUACUACACAAUUGCUUCAAUUUCAAUCGGUAUUUUUGGUUUAAUCUGCACCAUGUUUGUAACUUUUGUUUAUCUGAAAUUCAGACAAACCGCUAUAGUUCGAGCUUCGGGAAUGGAAUUAUGUUUCUUUGUUUUGUUUGGAAUAUAUAUUACUUUACUGAGCUGUUUUACUGUUACUACAACUCCUUCUAUGAUCUCUUGCGCCGCCACACGGUUGACAUUAUCUCUCGGGCCAGCUUGUAUGUACGCGGGAUUGCUAAUGAAAACAUUCCGAGUGGUUUUUAUUUUUCAAUCGAAAGGGAUUUUAUCAACCAGGACAAAGGCCUACCUAGAACCAAUGCCUCUUUUACUUCUGACGACGUGUGUUGUUCUCGUUCAAGUUAUAAUUGCUGUUGGUUGGUUGAUAAUACACGCACCGUCAAGUUAUAUACAUUACUGCGAAAACGAUGGAUUUUUAACAUGCAAGCAUAUUUUGGAUGUGCAGUUAUUUGUUGGACUUGCUUAUCCGUUUGUUAUUAUUAUUAUAUGCACAAUUCUGGCAACCAUAAAUAGGAAUGUUCCUACUGGAUUUAGAGAGACUUUAUUUGUAGGUUUUACAAUGUAUACAACGUGCGUGACGUGGAUCGCAUUUCUUCCUUUAUUUUUUACUAAUUCAACAGAUAUUCCCAAAAAGCUCACAACAAUCUCCAUCGCACUAAGUGUCAGUGCUAUCACUGUAUUAUUUUGUUUAUUUGUUCCGCGGUGUUAUACAAUGAUCUUUUAUCCCGAAGUAAACACCGCAGAAUCAGUUAUGGCUCCAGCAGGGAGUUUUUCAACAAUAAGCAGACGUCAUACCGCAAUCUCCACUGCUUGUGCUGAUAAUAGAGUGGAUUCGGUCGACAGCAAUGGCACGCGACCUCGAAGUACAUCUGUUAAAGUAUAAAAGUCGAGUAUGAUGCUGAUUCACUGAUUGAAUCCAAAGUUGUAAAUGGCGCUCAAGGUUUUCUCCUAUUUCGCAGUGGCUGACAUGACCCGGUAGAAGAAAUAGAAGUCAAGCCAAUGCGAGUUGAUCGCAAUUCAGCAAGUGAUAAUGCAAUACCAAGGGGUAUAACUAUCAGAUCGGCACGUUUUCAUAUAUUAUAUACCCAAGGGAGAUAUUGCAGUGACGGCGUGACCAGGCUGUAGAAGCAGUCUAGCCACUGCGAAAU